UGGCUGAAUGAGGAGAAGAUCGUGCAGAGACUGAUCGAGAUGAUUCACCCUUCGAAAGACGACAAUCAACAUUCCAAUGCUGCCCAGUCCCUGUGUGACAUCAUCCGACUGAGCCGGGAGCAGAUGAUGCAGAUUCAGGACAGCCCCGAACCUGACCAGCUGCUGGCCACGCUGGAGAAGCAGGAGACGGUGGAGCAGUUGCUGGGGAACAUGCUGGCGGGCGAGCGGGACGAGUCCGUCAUCGUCAGCGGGAUCCAGGUGCUGCUGACGCUGCUGGAGCCGCGCCGAGCCAGGUCCGAGGUCGGGGGGAUGGGCAGCUUUUACUGCCCCCUGGAAGGGCAGCUGGAGCUGGGGCCUCUGGGCUCGGACGGCAGCGCCUGCCAGGCCAGCCCCAGCACCUUGCUGGCCCUCAGAGGUUACCUCCGGGACUUCCACCAGCUGCUGAUCGACCCCCCGAAG